AUGACGCCCUUUCUGUUCCUCUCUCCGCUGCUAGCCGGCGUCACCACCUGCCCGGCCGCGUGGCGCGGCCAUGUCGCGCCGCGGCUGCAGCCUGUUCGCGCGGCCGUGGAGGACAGCGCCGAGCCCGCACCGCAUCGCGCCGGCUUCGUCUCCAUCAUCGGCAUGCCAAACGUGGGCAAGUCGACACUGAUGAACCGGCUGGUCGGCGAGCGGCUCGCCAUCAUGACGCCAAAGGCGGGCACGACGCGCCACCGCAUCCUCGGCAUCCUCAACGGAGAUGACUAUCAGCUCAUCUAUUCGGAUACGCCCGGCAUUUACUCCGAGCCGCAGUGCGCGGCUCACUCAACGACGCCGACCUGGUGCUGCUCGUGCUGGACGCAGGUGGAGGCACAGGCGUGCCCGCUCAUCGUCCUGCUCAACAAGGUCGACCUGCUGCGCGACGGCUCGCCGCUGCCGCAAGAGACGCUCCGCCGGCUCGGCACAGAGCAGGAGCUGCUCGACAGCUGGCAGCAGCGCUUCCCGCAGGCGAGCGUGCUUCCGGUGAGCGCGGAGACGGGCGAGGGGACCGAGGCGCUGCUCGCCCGCGUGCGCGCCUGCCUGCCUCUGCACGAGCCUUUCUUCCCGAAGGACCAGCUCACGGACCGGCCCGAGCGCUUCUUCGCCGCCGAGAUGCUGCGCGAGGCCAUCUUCACCGGCUACCGGCAGGAGGUGCCAUACUCGUGCGAGGUUGCAAUCACCGCCUUCAAGGAGCUCGACGAGAUCAUCCGGGUCAAGGCGACCAUCUUUGUCUCGCACGAGACGCAACAGGGCAUCGUCAUCGGCCGCAAGGGCGCCGCGCUCAAGGCGGUCGGCUCAAAGGCGCGCAAGGAGAUGGAGGCCUUCUUCUGCAAGCAGGUCUACCUGCAAACCUCGGUGAAGGUGCGCAAGGACUGGAGGCAGGACCCGGCCGCCCUGAGGGACUUUGGGUACACGCACUAGAGUCGUGCGCAAAAAAUAUUUUUUUGGGUUUCUUUUUUCUUUUUCC